AUGAGCAAGUCAUUCACUCCCGCCGACGUCGCAUCCCACAACUCCCCCGACAAGGGUCUCUACAUCAUCGUGGACAGCGCUGUCUACGACGUCACAAACUUCAUCGAUGAGCACCCCGGAGGAGCAAAGAUUCUGAAGCGCGUUGCAGGAAAGGACGCUUCGAAGCAAUUCUGGAAGUACCACAAUGAAGGUGUCUUGAAGAAGUAUUCGCCGAAGUUGAAGAUUGGAGAUGUUAAGGAAGGUGCGAAGCUGUGA